UAUUUCAGUUAUUUGAGACGAGCAGAUCACCUAACCAUCGUUCCUGGGAAGCAUUUGAUAAUAUUACCUGUUUAAAUAAAAGGAUGAUGUUCCCUGAUGUUGCCGCAUAAAGUGAACAUACUGAAGUCAUGUGUAUAGGGGGGGCUGCAAGCUGUGCUCACAAAGGACAUUGAGACAGGGUGGCUACAAAAGACACACAAAGGUCCUAUAGUGAGAAAGACUGCAAGUGUGCCCACAGAGAGGCUGCAAGUGAGCAGCAGUGAGCAAAGAGGUCAUGGAGUCAAUUUCACUGCUAGUGAGCAGGAAUUGUGGAAUCUGUAAAUGUGCUUAUGGAGCACAUACAGCUUGAUUGUCAUAGCACAGUAUAAACUGAAGAAUUACAGGGACUCCAGAAAUGUUGAUAUGCAAAUGGACGAUGACCACUUUGACACUUGUCUUACCUGCUGAUCAAGGAAUAAUUGCUAUGUGAGUGAAUGUUGACCAAUUCACCCUAUGUCUUACCCACCAGUGUACGAAUCAUCAUACUUUAUAACAGAGCAGGACAGGGGCGGAUACCAGUCAUCUAAACCAUGUGGAUCAUGUAGAUUGCUGUGUUGUGCAUCCUCCCUUGCAAAAACUAUGGAUGUGUUCUCAAUGAUCAAACAUUCGAUAAUAUCAGAUGAAGUGAACCCUAUUACAAGAUAUUUUGAUAUUCGUCAACAUGUGGCCAGUUGCGGUCCAGAGAUGGUUUGGAAAAUAUUUGAUGCUAUAAGACUAGAAGAUAGCAAGGAAGUGUCUGUAUUUUUCUUUGAGAAGAAAAUUGCCGACAAACUUCACAAACCUCGGCGACGGGAAAUUGUAUCGGAGAUUCUGAGGCGAGAAGUUCAGCUUCUUCUUAAGAUGAAACAUCCAAAAAUUCUCACAGUUAUACAUCCAUUAGAAGAAUGCCACAACAGCCUGGCAUUUGCCACAGAACCAGUGGUUGCUAGCCUUGCCAAUUUCCUUGGUAACUAUGAGAGGAUGCCAGUACCAGUACCUUCACACAUCAAAGACAGAGAAUUCCUGGAACUUGAAAUAAAAUAUGGAAUUUUACAGAUAACAGAAGGUCUGUCCUAUCUACAUGGUACAGAGCAAAUUAUCCACCGUAAUGUUUGUCCACAGUCCGUGCUAGUCACAAAAACUGGAAGUUGGAAACUGGCCGGUCUUGGUUUUGCUGAAAUGGUAGUGAAUGGGAAGGAAAAAAUUUCUUGCCAGCCAUGGUCCACAAAAGCUUCAAAACUUGCUCAACCAAAUCUCAACUACAUUGCCCCAGAGGUGCAAACAGAUAAGAAAUGCAGCAUGAUCAGUGAUAUAUUCUCACUAGGAAUCACAGUGUGCUGUAUAUACAACAAUGGUCAACCUCUCAUCAGUGCAGAACAUAAUCCACAGACAUAUCUCAAACAGCUUGAACAGUUAACCCAGCAGUUUGGAGAUGUGGCUCACAAGAUGCCUCUCCCACUUGUGGAACCUGUGGAGAAAAUGAUCAACAAGGACACCAGAUACAGACCUACUGCUCAGCUUUUUUCACUGUUGAAAUAUUUUCAUGAUCCAGUGGUGUCCUGUUUACAGAGGUUGGACAAUUUAGAGCAGUUGGAAACCUCUCAACAAAGGGCAGAAGUUUACACAAAUCUCAUUCAAGUCAUUCCAGAUAUACACAAGAAAGUGUUAUAUGGUCACGUUUUACCAAAUUUAGUGGAGUCGUGUCUGUCAAUAGAUACCAUGUUCAUGGCGUUACCAGCCAUGCUGGCGUUAAUUGACCACGUGUCAAAGGCAGACUAUGCAAAUGUGAUAUUACCCCACUUCAGAACAAUUCUCAACUAUCCUAGACCAAUGCAGGCUACAGUAUAUUUGCUGGACAAACUUGACAUUAUUUUAGCCAAAUCACCCAUAGAUGUGAUAAAGACAGAAAUGAUUCCACUUGUCUUCAACACACUGGAUUCAAACUCUAUACAAGCUCAGGAAGCAGCUCUAGGUUGUAUAAGACUGAUAAAGGAGUAUUUAGAUGACAACAUAAUGAAAUCUAUGGUGCUACCAAGGGCAAAAUCUCUGUAUAAUAAGUCAGAUAAUAUGAAGAUGAGAAUAAAUGCACUGACAUGUAUAGACACAGUACUAGACAGUUUAGACAAGAUGAUCAUUCUGGAUGAGGUGCUACCAUUUCUGAUGGAUAUAACAUUAGGACAGGAUGCCAAAAUUGUCAUGGCUGUCGUAGGUAUUUACAAACAUCUAAUGAGUGACAAGAAAUUUGGGUUAACACACAAUUUGAUAGCAACCAAAGUGAUGCCACCCCUCAUACCACAGACUGUGAACCCAGGACUCAGCAUGGAACAGUUCAGUGCCUUAAUGGAAGUUUUACGGGAUAUGUUGGAGCAUAUAGACAGGAAGAGACGAGACAAGAUGAAACAGGAGACUGUAACUGUACCCAUACCUCAUAGGGGCCUUAUCAACAUGUCAGCAGACAGUCAGAAGGACAGUACAAGAAACUUCCUGUCUGUUGAUGAUGCUGUACACUUACAGAAAAGUAGAACAGAAUACUCCUUUUCCUCACUUCCUAUUUUGGAAAGUAACAAGACGAGUAGUAUAGAACACCAGCCUGUUAAAAUUACCAUUAGAAAAGUUCCUGCCACACCUGAGUCUCAUCCUAAAUUGUCUGCUCCAAAACCUAAAUCGAUCACCCAUAAUGCAUCUGGUGGAUCUCUGGAUGAGCAAACUUUGAGCCCACCCCACCCAACAGAAAUACAGCGACGUCACAGUCUCGCCCCACCCCAGACUUCAUCUACCCCGCCAAUAAUAAGUUUAACAUCUGAAGACACUACAGACAAGAAGAGGAGAUCAAGUGCACAAAGUCUUGGGCCUUUCUCAUUUUCAGUAAGUUUGUUUGGUGAUUCUCGACGGAGUUCGUUGUUUUCCAGCGAUACCCGCCGAUCGUCUGAACGAUUGCGUCGACCAAGUACUCACAGUGUAGGCAUAUUGCCUAUAGCUUCAUUUGGAGAGGGAACAGAGAAACCCCGCAAGCCCAGUACACACAGUUUAGGGAUUCUGCCUCUAGGGUGGGGAGAGGAAUAUGAUGGGAGCCCUUGCAGACGCCCCAGUGUAGCAAGUCUUGGCCCUUACUGGAUACACGAUUCCGAUAGUAGACGAGGCAGUAGAGGAAGUGUGUUCGGCUCGUUAGGGAUCUCAGAUGGACCUGCACCUCAAAGACGGGCAAGUUUCCAGGCAUUAGGGGAAAGUAUGAUGCAGCUUUUCUCUGGUAAAUGACAGAUGCAGGAACAAUCUCAUCACAUGAUCAAGUCUAUGUAGAAUGGAUGUUAGUUUCAAGAAUGCCAUUUGUUGCCUACCCCAACAUCACUUGCCACAGACAGAUCCGCAUCUUACCAUCAUAUUAUGUUUUUUUCUGUUGUAUAUAAUAAAAGGCACAUUUUAUGCUUUUUUUUUUUUUUUUUACAUCAAAAUUUUGCGAUGUUUAGUUGCAUAAUAAUUAUUAUUAUUCCCAUAUAUACAAUGUUUGUGGGGGCUUUACUAGAGUAAUGUACAUCAUUCCAGUAAAGGAUUCAGAUUAUUAUAAUGUUCAUCAUCAUAGUACUACAAGAUACAUGACUUAGGGUUGUAUCUGGAGGUCAAAGGUCAAAUCAUUUUAUUUUGUGUUUGCUUCAUAUCUUAUACAGGAAGACUUUAUAUGCCUGUUUUUGGAAACACAGGAUGUAUUAUUUGAUGGCGCAUGCAUCUGUACGUCAUAAUUCAUAUCCGUAGCAUAACUUGAUAACAAUUAAAGGUAUUUGCCUUUAAACUCGGCAUGUAGGUAGGUGGGAAUGAGACAAUGUGCAGAGCACAUGAAUUAGGUCUGUAGGUCAAAGGUCAAGGUCAUGAAUAUAGCUCAAAGGUCAAAAAGCUUUAUUUUAUGUCUGCUCUAUAUUUUCUUAACCGCUUGAAGGAUUUUCAUAAAACUUGAAGAGUUAGGAAGAUGACAUGCAGACUACUUUCCUUCCUUGUAUCAGUGUCCAGGGGUAUUUGUCACCUUCAGUGAUACUUCUAGUCAUAAUUCUAGAACAUAUAAAAUAAAACUUGAAUUUAAAAGCCUGACGUGCAAAGCAAUAAACUAGUAGGAAUGUAUGGUUAUGGUUUACGAAAAAAUAUACAUUAAGAUGUAAACAAAAUUGAUGUCAAAACAUUGAAAACUUACAGAAUAUCUGAUAUGCUUUGGUCAUUACAAUAUUUAUCUACACGUCCCUAGAUGAUGUAUAUAUGUUGUGCGUGAACACAGUGUUCAUACUUUUUAUUUUAUUUUUGAUUUCUGUAAAAGGAUUCAUAUUGGUAAUGUGUCAAGAGUAAAUGUGUGUCAAUUUUUCAUUCCAUAUAUAGUUACAUUUUAACAUUUUAUUACAAAAGUAAUUUCUUUAAUUUUGGAAAAGCUGGUUCUAUUAUUUUGUAUAAGAAACAUAUUUGUAUUAAGGGAGGUAACUUAAACUAAGAUGUAAUUUUCAAAUAAGUAAUAUUUUACAUGGUUUUGCUUGUGUCAGACACAUAAGAAAAUAAAAAGGGUUGUGAAUGAUUAUUGAAUACUUCAUCCAAUAAAUGGGUUCAUAUUAAAGAAAUAAUAUAUAGAAAAACUGUGUUUUAACGUUAUUAAUGCACAGAAAGAGGUUAUUUGUCCAUGGAAUAAUUUCACGAGGGUGUAGCCUGAGUGAAUUAUUCUGGCGACAUAUAACCGAUCUUGGGUGUAUUAAUUUAGGUAAAAGUCCAGGCUGUCUAGCGUCCCUAAAAUUCCUACUUUUUCCUAUUUUUUUUCAGUUUUGCUAAAAUUCCUAUUUUUUUUUAAAAAUCAAAGGAAAUUCCUAAAAAGGCCCUAUUUUUUCACAAAGAUUCCUACUUUUUUAACUUUUUUGCAAUGAUCAAAAAGAGAAAAUGUUUUAAAUGUUGUUUAAAAGUUCUUCUAAUUCAGAAAAAAACAGUUUAGCACAGUUCAAAGCAGUUUACCAGUGGAUCCAUGUGUUCAAACAGUGGAAAGCUGGCAGACGUCUUUUCUGUAAAUAAAGCACUAUUUGUGAGUUACUUUUAUGUCAAUCACAUAAAGGUAAGCAUGGUCUUUAAAGUCCAUAUUUUAAUUUGAAAAUUCCUAAAUUUAGCCCUAAAAUUUCCUUAAAAUUGUACCAAAUUCCUAAUUUUAGCCCUAUUUUUUUGUACAAAUUGCCCUAAAAUUAGCCCUAAUUUUUUGUCAGGGUAUGCUAGACAGCCUGUAAAACACAAUUUUGCUAUACAUUAUUUCAAUUCUAAUAAGCCUUUAAUCUAAAACUGUGGAUAAUAUAUAGAAGCGCUCUUUCUUGGUCAGAAGAAAAACAUUGACGUCAGAGCAUGUUAAUGGACGUCAUUUUAGCGUAAGCUUGUUUUAACAGAAUCAAACAUCAGAAUUUGUAUUUCUUAAUGGUUUUGAACACAGUUUAUAACAGUUCUUUUACUACCUCAAAAUGUGACAUGGCUGUAUAAUUUAGACUGGUUAGUAUGAAUCUGAAUCAAAGAUAGACUAUGUUUUAUAUUAAAUGCAAAAUGUUUUUGAGCUUUGUGAGUUUAUCCGUGUUGUCUGAAAAUAAGAUUUACAUACUUUCAUAUGUUGAGGUAGCACAAAAUCUGGACACGAUUUAUUUUGAUAAUGAAAUCAAUGUAGCAUAAUUAUAUUCAUUGAAAGAACAAUGGUUUUGUUUUUAUGUCUCAUGCACUUUGGUUUGUAUUUUGAAUGCAAAUGUUUGUUACAUGCUAGUGAGGACUUGUUUAGCAUGACAGUGAUAUAUGUCCACUUUAAUCAUCCAUCCUUCAGAAUGUUAAAACCAAAUAAUGUUUUUAUGCUCUCCGAAGGGGAGGGGAAUGCAUAAAGUCAUCACCUUGUCCGUCCGUCAAACUUCUUGUCCGGAGGAUAACUCAAAAAGUAUUGAAGAUACCAAGUUGUAACUUUAUACAGUGAUAGAGCUUAUUGAGAUGAAGUGCAGUGACAAGGAACCAUAACUCUAGGUGGUCCCAUUUUAGAAUUAUCUCCCUUUUUUUUGAAAACUUUUUCUUAGGCAUAACUCAAAAUACUGUGUAAACUAUUGACAUUAUACUUUACAUAUUUAUAUAGAUCAAUGAGAGGGAGUGCAGUGUAAAAGAACCACAACUCUUGCUGACACAUUUCUCCUUAACAUAACCUCAAUGACUGAAAAGCCCCUUGCGCUACAGUAAUUUUGGGGAGCAUCCAUCAGUGUUACCUAUUGCCUUGUUUUCCACAAUUUUACCAACUUUUCGGAGUGACCAUAAUUUAAGUGAUACAGGGCUGUAUACUUUAAAGGCCUAGAUUCACUACUAUAUAAGUGUCCCCCCCCCCAAUCCAAUAUACAACUCCCAUCUUAUGUGCUGCUUAUCAGCGAUUAUGUAAUAGUAACUGAUUAGAGGGCAAUUAGCACAGCAGGGACCCCAAGUAGACCAUGAAGAUGUGUGCAGUGGAGUUGAAAGAAAUUAAUUUUUCUUCAGUGAAUGUGGAAUGAUAAUAAUAAUUAUUAAUAGUUUGAUAUUAUAUAGAUGAUAAUCACUAUUACUUUAAUGUUAUAGUAAUAAUAAUUAUAAAAAUAAUCAUAAUCAUUAUCAUUAUUAUUAUUAUAUUACAUAUAGGAUGAUAAAAGAUACAGUAAUAAUAUUGAAAAUAAUAAUGAUAAUAAAACACAAGUAUAGUGAAAACUUCAUGAGUUCUAUGUGCUGACAAACAAUAUUUUUCGAAUUGGAAAUUGCUUUUCUUGUGUUCAUGUAAUCAGUUAUUGUGUCCCAUCUAUACUCAGUUUUCAUUUUCAGUAUGUUGCCAAAAGGGACUUUUUUCAUGCUUGCUUUGUAACUUUAAAAUUCACAUUCUGUUUUCAAUUUUAGACAAAUGUUAUUUACAGUAUUUUGCAAGCUUUAGAUGAUUGAAAGUCACAUUUUUCUGAAAUAUCACAAUUCUCUAGAAUAAAAAGUUGCAUAUUUCUUUAAGUUUCUCAUUAUUUCAUUUUUUGUGAAAAUAAGUUUCUGAUUACUUUUUACUGUGUUUGAUCAACAAAUAUUUUACUUUACUUAGAAAUGCCUAAAAAAACUAGUAUAACUUUAAAAGUUAUCAAUUAUUCAUUAAUUUAAAAUAAAUUACAUCGUUUCCCCUUCUUACUAAUAGAUACACUUGUAAGGUAGACUGACUCUCCAAUAAACAAUGACCCUUGUUUAUUGGAACCAUACUGUGAUGGUCAUCAGCCCCCAACUGUGCUGGUGAAGACAGAAAUCCCUUGGCCCACUGCCAAAAUCUAGGCCUUUAAAUAAUAAUGAUUUUAUUUUCUAACAGACCUAUUAUUUCAUGCCUGUGUGACAGACUUUGUUUAAUUGACUUAGAUUUUUUUCAGGGCUGUUCUAAAUAUGUUUGUCAGGCAACUCUUGAAGAGAACAGAAUACAUGUUUGAAAGUCCUUCUGUUCACACAGACAAAAGCGUAGAACCCCCAGGGUCUUAACACUUGGUUUUGCUGUAACUCUGUGAUUCCAGCAGGUAUGCAAAUUUUGAUUCCAUACCUCAUGUUUUUAUUUCAAUGUAAAUGAGAUGUGAAACCAAAAUUUGUAGUCCUGUUUGGCGCCAUAUAACCUAUACUGUGUUGGUGCGCCGUAAAAACCCAAAUAAAUACAUAAAUAAAUAUUGCACUGACGUAUGCAGAAUCUCAUUUAUACUGAUAAUUUAGUAGAAAUUGUUCUGGAAUAUUACUCAAUGAUCCAUUCUAAUUAUGUAGUAUGUUAAAACUGGCCAGUUAUCUUACUUCAAAAUAUAACUCUUUGUAACUUUUAGCAUAUCAUGUUUGCAAUUUUGCUUCACAUCACAUUUUAAAUUUACAAAUGCAACAUCAUGAUAACUUCAACAAAACACCAGGUCCUGUCAUACUUGUGGUUACUGCUUGCUAUUUGCCUGAAUUGUAAUCCUGCUUUUGUCUUAUACUGAAGGCGAACAAAGAAGAAGAAGUCUUAUAGUGAUUAUUUUGUUUCUUCAGAUAAUUAAAACAAUAUUAAUAACUUUAUCUCAAACUAAACCAUGAAAACUUCUAAGACGAGGUAUGUUCCCAGUUGAUGAAGUCUGCCUUUUUGCUUUUAAUAAGCAAUAAUCAUAUUUUGGGGAGCAUCCAUCGUUUUACUGAUAUUUUCUUAUUCUAAAUGAUUCCUGGCAUCAUGGCCACCAUUUCAGUAAGAUCCUACCAUUCUGCCAGACUUCCAAGACCAGUUGAACCAUAUGAUUGAUCAGUUCUUAGAAUCUUGACAUUUUCAGAUUCUGUAUAAGUAGCCAGACUAACUUUCAGCUUGGUUGGCAGUGCAAGAUCAUGAUUUUAUAAGGUGUGGCAAAGUCUGGUAAAUGUUUCAGACUAUUUAUAAGAAAGCUUUAUCGUAUUUUCCAUGGUGCUUACAAAAAUAAACAACCAACUUUUUAAAUAUCGUUAUAUUUAAAAACAUUUAUGUUAUGUCAUUGCCUGUUCUACAAUAAAUCAGUUCAAAAUCCACGUUCUUAAUAAAGUAGCUAUGGCUUUCAAAUGUUACACAUUGACUUAAGUAUACUAAAAGAAGAUCCCUAGUUGCUUUGGGUCUGUGGCUCAAAGGUCAAAAUCAUUAGGGAUCUAACUUGACUUUCUUUUUUUCUGGAAUCUAAGACUUGAAUUGUAAAGUGUACAGUUUUCAAGCCUUUCACAAGUAAGUCCGGCUACAGGAAAGACUUGGUUAAGGUCACAUGGACCCAAAUUAACUGUCUCCUUUUUUGUCAAUUUCAUCAAAGUUAAAUCACAAAUUAUUUCAUUUCCUCAUAAUGGUUUUGAAACUUGCAUAUAUUUAUGAAUACAUGAAGACAUGAAUUAUCAUAAAUUUUCAGACAUUUUUAGCUCAUCUGAUUUUUUGAAAAAAAAAUGAUGAGUUAUUGUCAUCACUUGAGCGGUUGUCAGCGUCGGCGUUGCCUGGUUAAGUUUUAUGUUUAGGUCAGCUUUUCUCCUAAACUAUCAAAGCUAUUGCUUUGAAACUUGGAAUACUUGUUCACCAUCAUAAGCAGACCCUGUACAUCAAGAAACAUAACUCCAUCUUGCUUUUUGCAAGAAUUAUUGCCCCUUUUGGACUUAGAAAAUCAGUUUUCUUGGUUAAGUUUUAUGUUUAGGUCAGCUUCUAUCCUAAACUAUCAAAGCUAUUGCUUUAAAACUUGCAACACUUGUUCACUAUCAUAAGCUGAGCCUGUACAGCAAGAAACAUAACUCCAUCCUGCUUUUUGCAAGAGUUAUGGCCUUUUUGGACUAAGAAAAUAUCAGAUUUCUUGGUUAAGUUUUAUGUUUAGGUCAACAUUUUCUCUUAAACUAUCAAAGCUAUUGCUUUGAAACUUGCAACACUUGUUCACCAUCAUAAGCUGACCCUGUACAGCAAGCAACAUAACCACCCUGCUUUUUGCAAUAAUUAUUGCCCCUUUUGGACUUAGAAAAUCAUUUUCUUGGUUGAGUAUUAUGUUUAAGUCAACUUUUCUCAUAAACUAUCAAAGCUAUUGCUUUAAAACUUGCAACAGUUUUUCACCAUCGUAAGUGGACACUGUACAUCAAGAAACAUAACUCUAUACUGCUUUUUGCAAAAAUGAUGGCCCUUUUUAGACUUAAAAAAGUCAUGGGUAGGACAAUAUUUCUAUUAUACAAAAAAAUCAGAUGAGCGUCAGCACCCGCAAGGCGGUGCUCUUGUUAAACAAAUACAUUUUCCUUUAUACUUUUAUAUUACUAGAUACCAGUGUGGUCUUAUGAGCUGUAAUAUGCUUAUAAUGUUGAGAAAUGAAAAAAAGUUCAUAGCAGUAAUUGAAUAUUACAGCAGUAUUGUUCAAUACCCUGUUGUAGUUGAGAUAAUGACCAUUAAUGAAAAUAGCUCAUACUGGCCUUUGGUUUUAGCAAUUUGGUUUUGACAUAAAUAAAAUAUAACAUGUUACAACAUAAAGUAUAUUGUGUAGGAAGCAGUAAGCAUAUUUCUAAACACACCAUAUAUGUGUUUUUGUUAUAAAUGUCCAUUAAUAACAAAUGAUAAUAAUCUAUGUUUUCUUUCCUCUAGGUUUUGGCCUAUGCCCAGUAGCACUAUUUUGGGAUGUAAAACCCAUAGCACAUUUACGUAUGCCUGAAGGACCAAAUCAUCAUUUAUUUAGUUGUGUAAUUUUGACAGAGAUGUUCAAUACGUUUUUAUGUACAUACUGGUUUAUAUACCGUGUUUCAGUAGAUUGUAUAUGUAAUGUCCCUAUGUUUGAAUUUGUGAUAAUACCUUCUUUUAUACCAUUGUUAGAUACUCUCCACAUGUUGUCAUUACUGAAGAAAGAUGUUCUAAUAAAAUGUGCAAUAAGAAUAUAAUUGUAGUUUGAUUGAUAUUAUAACUAACUGAGUGGAUUUCCAGGACCUUUCCAAUUCAUUUGUGGAGAACCCCCAAAAAACUUAAUCAGGUUUUAUACAGCUUUAUGUCAGACAGAUGUAAACUUCUACAGUCCAAAAAAAUGCAAUGUUCUAGCUGUGCGUUCUUAAGUUUGAGCAGUUACUUUGCAGUCCUAUAACAUGUAUUUACCACAUAAAAUAUCCCAAUACAAAACAUUUAACUGUUAAAGAUUUGUUAGUCUAUAUGGAGACGGAUGUUACUUAGUAAUGUUUCUUGUGCAGUUCAUGGGAAAAUCUCGAAUGAAUGCUGGUGAAUUAAUUAAAAAUGUUAGACGUGUAGAACAAAGGGUAUAAUUAAUUGGGGAAUAAUUAGUGAGUGUUAUGCUGUAGGCAAUACCACCUAUCUGUCCAGGUACAGUUCAGCCAGGUGGUUUAUAAAACGUAAAACGUUAGAAAUGUACGUAUUGUCUAAUGCACAUUCUGUUCAAGCAAGAAACCGAAGCAGCACUGUAGUGUACAUGUUACCUUUACCCUGCUAAAUUUCUAAAAUGGACUGGCUAUCAUUCAAUUUAGGCAGUACUAUUUAUUAUUCAAAGGAGUGUUCACUGCAAAUUUACUUACUGAAUAGCGAACAGAACAGACCAAGAUCAGCCUACAAAAACCUUGGUCUGCA